UUCUUCUGCCAGCCCCGGCUCUUACUCUGAAGGCUCCCGGAAGUCCAGCCUGUGCUAACGGCUGCUAACGGCUGUGUGAUGGCGGCUUCUCUCGGAGCGCUGAAGCGCGUCUCGGCUCUCUGUCCGGCCGCUGUGAGCCCACAGCUCCGGAGGAUCGGCCCGGGGACACGUCCCGCCGGGGGACGGCGGCUGUCCCACGCGGGAACAGGAGAAAACCUUCGACCACUAGAGGGCGUCAGAGUGUUGGACCUCACCAGAGUUCUGGCCGGUCCGUUUGCCACCAUGAUCCUGGGAGACCUGGGAGCCGAGGUGAUCAAAGUGGAGCGACCAGGUGUGGGGGAUGACACCAGGGCCUGGGGUCCUCCCUUCAUCAGAGCAGAGAGCGCCUACUUCCUCAGCGUCAACCGCAACAAAAAGAGUCUCUGUGUGGAUCUGAAACAUCCCAAAGGAGCAAACGUCAUCCAGCAGCUGGCAGGUGUGUGUGACGUGCUGGUAGAGAACUACCUCCCAGGGAAGCUGUCUCAGAUGGGUUUAGGCUACGAUGAGCUGAGCAGAGUGAACCCAGGACUCAUCUACUGCUCCAUAUCAGGUUAUGGACAGACUGGUCCUCGUUCUCUGUCUCCAGGUUAUGACUCCAUCGCCUCCGCUGUGUCGGGGAUGAUGCACAUCACCGGACCAGAGGAGGGCGACCCGGUGCGUCCGGGCGUGGCCAUGACCGACCUGGCCACGGGGCUGUACGCUCACGGCGCCGUGCUGGCCGCCAUGCUGCAGAGACAGAAGACGGGCAGAGGAGGACACGUGGACUGUAACCUGCUGUCCUCACAGGUUUCCUGUCUCACCCACAUUGCUGCUAACUUCCUGAUUGCGGGGAAGGAGGCGAGGCGCUGGGGGACGGCCCACGAGAGCAUCGUACCUUACCAGGUAACAGCCUGAACCUAGAGUACAGUGGUUUGAACUCUAUGAUUUCUUUGAAAAAAAUCACCACAAACGCAGCAUUUAAUGUAGAAAGAAACAGUAGAAACAGACGUUAUCGUCAGAGUUGAGCUUUCCGACGGUCCUUGAACGCAUCAUCAGUUAUAAAAAGUGUCCGUUACUUGUGUUAAAUGUUGAUUUUA